ACCACCACCUCGGCCUCCCACUCGCGACCUCAGAUCAAGCGAAGGGAGGGGAAAAAAAAAGAUGGCGCAGCUGGUGGAGACGUAUGCGUGCUCGCCGGCGACGGAGCGCGGCCGUGGGAUCCUCCUCGCGGGGGACCCCAAGACGGACACGAUCGCCUACUGCACGGGCCGCAGCGUCAUCAUCCGCCGCCUCGACGCGCCCCUCGACGCCUGGGCUUACCAGGACCACGCCUACCCCACCACCGUCGCCCGCUUCUCCCCCAACGGCGAGUGGGUGGCCUCCGCCGACGCCUCCGGCUGCGUCCGCGUCUGGGGCCGCUACGGCGACCGCGCGCUCAAGGCCGAGUUCCGCCCCCUCUCGGGACGCGUUGACGAUCUCCGCUGGUCCCCCGACGGCCUACGCAUCGUCGUCUCCGGGGACGGCAAGGGCAAGUCCUUUGUCCGUGCAUUCGUGUGGGACUCUGGAAGCACAGUUGGUGAGUUUGACGGGCACUCAAAGAGGGUUCUGAGCUGUGAUUUUAAGCCAACACGGCCAUUUCGCAUUGCGACAUGUGGUGAAGAUUUUCUAGCUAACUUUUAUGAAGGACCACCAUUCAAAUUCAAGCAUUCCAUAAGGGAUCACUCAAACUUUGUUAACUGUAUCCGGUAUUCUCCUGAUGGAAGUAAGUUUAUCACUGUGAGUUCUGAUAAGAAGGGUUUAAUAUAUGAUGGCAAAACUGGAGAAAAGAUUGGAGAGCUUUCCACUGAAGGCAGUCACACAGGGAGCAUAUAUGCUGUUAGCUGGAGUCCUGACAGUAAACAAGUCCUAACGGUUUCUGCUGACAAAACUGCCAAAGUAUGGGAUAUCAUGGAGGAUGCAAGUGGGAAACUGAAUAGAACUUUGGUUUGCUCUGGUAUAGGUGGUGUAGAUGACAUGCUUGUAGGUUGCCUCUGGCAGAAUGACCAUCUUGUGACAGUCUCUCUUGGUGGGACAUUUAAUGUGUUAUCUGCAAGCAAUCCGGGCAAAGAACCAGUUUCGUUUGCUGGACAUUUGAAAACUGUUAGUUCUUUGGUCUUGUUUCCUAGAAGUAGCCCAACAACUAUACUGUCUACAAGCUAUGAUGGUGUCAUCAUGAGGUGGAUACAGGGUGUUGGAUACGGUGGCAGAUUGAUGCGCAAGAACAACACCCAGAUCAAAUGCUUUGCUGCAGUAGAAGAAGAGCUCGUCACCUCGGGGUAUGAUAAUAAGGUUUUCAGAAUUCCUCUUAAUGGAGACCAGUGUGGAGAUGCUGAGUCGGUUGAUAUAGGAGGUCAGCCAAAUGAUUUGAACCUUGCAGUUCAAAAACCUGAAUUUGCACUGGUUACCACUGAUUCUGGGAUCGUAUUGCUGCACAACUCAAAAGUCAUUUCUACAACCAAAGUUAAUUAUACUAUCACUUCAUCGGCUGUUUCUCCUGAUGGCACUGAAGCCGUUGUGGGUGCACAAGACGGGAAACUGCGGAUCUAUUCCAUCAGUGGAGAUUCACUUACAGAAGAAGCUGUGCUUGAGAAGCACCGAGGUGCUAUUACUUCCAUACAUUAUUCGCCAGAUGCUUCUAUGUUUGCUUCUGCUGAUGCCAACAGGGAAGCUGUUGCGUGGGAUCGGUCAAGUAGAGAGGUCAAGCUGAAGAACAUGUUGUACCACUCAGCUCGAAUAAACUGCCUGGCUUGGUCACCUGACAGCCGUUUGGUUGCCACAGGCUCAUUGGACACCUGUGCAAUUGUAUACGAAAUAGACAAGCCAGCAUCCAGUCGUAUCACCAUCAAGGGAGCCCAUCUUGGUGGAGUUCAUGGUUUAACCUUUGUCGACAAUGAUAGUCUGGUGACUGCCGGCGAGGAUGCUUGCAUUCGUGUCUGGAAACUGGUGCAGCAAUAGGUUUUCUUCAUUCUGUUGUGCAUUGAGCAUGUCCUCGUUGUUGAUUGAAAUAAACAGUUUUUGCGCUUGUCGGUAUGGUGGCUGUUACUCACAAGCCAUAGCAUCAUUCUAGUCUUGCCUGCGAUUGUUUGUCCUAAAUUUGCUGUACAUUUUGUUUCGAGUCCUAUUUUUUUCUUGUGUUCCAGGAAGGACUUAUUUGUAAAUGUAUCCCUGCAUCUGAUUUUGUUAGGGGCCGAGAAUAUAGGGAUGCUGAUGUUGCUUUCCAUUUCCCUCCGUUCCCCGGGGUUGUCAUUAAUAAUUGAUGUUUUGAUUCUGUAAGUUAUCACUAAUGAUGUGGAUGCUGCUUUCAUAUACUGCUUGUUACCUGUAUCAUGGUAAUAAGUAAUUUAUACUGCAUUCUACUGCUGCUUUGCUA